UGUGUGUCGUUACCACAGCUACAAAGCAAAAAUUGGCUAUAUCUAAAAAAAAACUACAAAUAAUUUAAAUACGUUUUUUGGUCUUAACAUAAGGUUAGGUAUAAUGUUAGCAGUGUGGUUAAGGUUAGGUUUAAAAUCUGAUUUUAAGAAGAGAAAUUGUAGAAUUAGGCGAGGGUUUAGGACUUUGUGGCUGUGGUAACUAGGGACGACCGGGGUGUGUUCAAACUGAUCGUUUAAAAUCCUACAGACAUGCGCACGGCGCUUCGGUUGGAAGAGAAUACGCCAUAUUGAAUCACCGUAGACUUCUGCUAGCGAUUUUCAGCUAGCUGUUUGAAAAGGACCGGUCUUCUAAUGGACUUCAUUUGGCGUUACCUUUUAUCUCUGUCUUUGUAACACGGGUUAUUAUCACGUUUCUUUAGUCAGGGCAGUAGUGUAUUUUUAACGGGCACAUUGAUUUGCUUGAAGGGGGUUCCGAAAAAAAGUUGAAUGGAUCCGAGGGUGGCUUGGAAUCAGCCCGAGCAGAAAGGACCUGCGAACGCAUCAUGGAUGCGAAUCUGGGAGAUUUCUCAGGUACGAGCGACCUCCGGUCAACAUCAUAAUAAUCAGAACCACAACCUGUGUGUGAAUUAUCCAGCGUUGGACGUUUAUAAAAAUGUUGCGGCAUCGAGCAAUAGCAUUAACACCACUGCUAGUCUGAGCAGCAGCCAUCACUGUAUUUCAAACCGUACUACUAAUCACGGCACUUCAUUUUCCUCCUUCGGGUCAACGUUACCCAAAGGCAACGUACAGAACAUAUUGACUCCGUCCAAAGUGAACGGUAACAGUGUAACGACAGAUUUGUUGGGAGACAGUGGAAUGCCCCAAAAGACGGAAUCUGGAACGGACAGUCCAUCUUCGAACUGCUCGUUGGGAAGGACUUGCGGUGGCAAUGUAACGGGAAAUAGUAAUAAAAGCCCUGGAUGUGCCAAUCUGUUUUUUAGCUUCAGCGAAAGCAUGCAUAAUAAUGUCAACCAAUUCCACCACCAUCAAAGGCAUCAUCAGGAUCACCCCCAGUACAAUUUCCAACAUAAUUGUGUGAAGCGUCACCCACCAUCACCCUUAAAUAACCACACUCACCAUCCAGGCCGAAGGAAAAGUGACAACAAGGCGAGCACCUAUGGGAUUAAUUACUUGCUUUCUAACUGGACUAAUGACAACCAUGUUAGUUCGGGGACUGGAACUCCUUGGAAGACGAGGAAAUACAGCCCCGGUGUUGAUGGUCUCCAUGAGGAGGUGGUGGACUUCUACAACUUCAUGUCUCCCCAACCCGAGGAGGCUUCUAUGAGGAAGGAGGUGGUCAACAGAAUCGAGACGGUCAUCAAGGAGCUGUGGCCUACUGCUGACGUGCAGAUAUUUGGCAGCUUCAGCACUGGACUCUAUCUACCCACAAGUGACAUAGACCUGGUGGUGUUUGGGAAGUGGGAACGCCCCCCUCUGCAGCAAUUGGAACAGGCCCUCCGGAAACACAACGUGGCGGAACCUUUCUCCAUCAAAGUGCUGGACAAAGCUACAGUGCCAAUCAUCAAGCUGACUGACCAGGAGACAGACGUCAAAGUGGACAUCAGCUUCAAUGUGGAGACGGGAGUCAAAGCUGCUCUCUUCAUCAAGGACUACACAAAGAGGUAUCCCGUGCUGCCUUACCUGAUCUUUGUGCUGAAGCAAUUUCUGCUCCAGAGAGAUCUCAACGAGGUGUUCACUGGAGGAAUCAGCUCCUACAGCCUCAUCCUGAUGGUCAUUAGCUUCCUCCAGCUCCACCCAAGAAUUGACGCCAGUAGCCCCAACAUCAACCUUGGCAUCCUGCUGAUUGAGUUCUUUGAGCUGUACGGCCGCCAUUUUAAUUACCUGAAGACGGGCAUCCGUGUCAAGAACGGAGGGGCCUACAUGGCCAAGGAGGACAUGACGAAGGUUAUGACCAACGGCUACAGACCCUCCAUGCUCUGUAUAGAGGACCCACUGAUGCCAGGUAACGACGUUGGCAGGAGUUCGUACGGAGCCAUGCAAGUCAAGCAGGUGUUCGACUACGCUUACAUCGUCCUUGGUCACGCCGUGUCACCGCUAGCACGCUCCUACCCCAAUAAGGACAUCGACAGCACUUUGGGGAGGAUAAUCAAGGUGACCCAGGAAGUGAUUGACUACAGGGAGUGGAUCAUGACGAAGUGGGGAGGAAGGCACCUCGCCCGCAUGGAGAGCCGUGGUUCUGUCCUGGAGCAGGACCCAGCACGGUGUGUGUUGAGUGUAGGUGUGGAGGAACAGAGGGACUCAGUCUCCCCUCACAGUGCAGACUCCCCCAUGUCCCUGUCCAGUCCUCACCAACACUCCUCAGCCUCCUCGGUCUCCUCUCUGUCCGGGUCAGACAAUGACUCUGAUUCGACGCCAUGCCCUGGCCGCCCUCCGGCGCUGCCCCCCUACACCCUCCAGUCUCUGGGUAUGACUCUACCCCUGGGCCUGGCACUGGGCAAGACUGGCAUCAACCAGCAGCACCUCAUCAUGUCCCCUGGCUCACAGGCGUGUAUGUCUUUGCCCAGUGGCCUGACGAUGCACUCCUUACCUGUCAGACAGGUGGGUAUAGACAUGACCCCCCCUACCCACCACCCUGCCCACCAUAACCCUCAUGCCCCCUCCAACCCCCAGCCUCUGUCCAGCCCCCACCCCACCAGCCACACACACCAGAAUGGUCCUAAGUUUCACGUGAAAGGCUUCCACAAUCCAGCUGUGGUCCACAGUCCCGCCCUGGCCAACCGCGCCCACACGCACCCUCUCACACACGCCCACACACACUCACACACGCAGUACCGCAACACCUGGCGCCGUCGGAAGAGGGACAGCCUGCCAGUAAGCCUGAGCAGAUAAAGGAUAAAACAUCCCCCGUUUCCUCUCCUCCCUUCAUCCCUCUCUCAUUCUGACUGAUUGGGAAGACAACUUCAUGAGACAAUGCUCCCUGCUGUUCAACUUGGAGGACAGGCAGGCAGAGGCACCAGACCAGCAUUGGGAUUCAUUCAACACUUUGGGCUGCUGAACUUUGGCCCUGAGGAGGGAAAGAAGUGUAGCUCUGGGAAAACUCUUUCUCCAUCACUCACCCUCUCCCCAUUUGUGCAUGUUUUUUACUGCGCAAUGAACCAACGGCCAACGAUACGGGAACGAGCAGUGCGGCUAGCAAACAGAACGCAGCGCAACCCAACGUGCAUUCUGGCCCCAGAACUUUUCCGCAGCUCUCCAGUCUUUCACUUCCUGUUUGGGAUCCACCUUUUUGUUUUGUUUUCGUUAAUGUUUAUUGUUCACAUUAAUAUUUUUAAAAAUUGCGCUUUGCCCUUUUUCACAUACGUUCAAGGAGACUGAGGAUAGUGACAUCUUUGCCAGGUGGAAGUAGCGAAAGACCAGUGUCGUAUUGUAAAUUGAGUUUAUUUUAGUUUUUUUGACUGGAUUGCGUUGUGAAGGCCUUUGUCCUUGAACCCUGUAGCCAAGCUGUAUCUUAUUCAGUGUUCACACAAUGGACGGUUUCUAAUUUGUGCAAUAAUGUGUUCAAAUUUUUUUUUUUAUCUUAUCAAAUCUUUAUUUAAUUUUAUUAUUUGUGUAUGUAAAGGAAUUUUGGUGUUACGUUUUUAAGAUUGUAGUUUUUUUUUUUUUGCCAAGAGUUUACAGAACCUUUCCCCAGAUGGCCUCCGGUCUGGAGAGUGUGUAACGGAGUGUGUCUGUGUCAAGAGUGUGUGACGGAGUGUGUGUCUGUGUCAAGAGUGUGUGACGGAGUGUGUGUCUGUGUCAAGAGUGUGUGUCAAUUCUUGAGUUGUGUGUAUCUUGUUGGUGUCAAAGUAUAGUUGAAACCCCCCAUGGGUGUUUUAUAAUGUGUGAAAAGGAAGAAUCAGAAGGAGCUAAGUGGCUUCAGACUACUGCAGUGCAACCUCUUGUUGACAGGUUAAAUGUCUGUAAUCUCACAUUGUCUCACUAGAUGGAGCUCUUACUACAGCAGAGUCACAGUGGACUGACUGAGCUCUUACUAUAGCAGAGUCACAGUGGACUGACUGACUGAGCUCUUACUAUAGCGGAGUCACAGUGGACUGACUGACUGAGCUCUUACUAUAGCAGAGUCACAGUGGGCUGACUGACUGAGCUCUUACUAUAGCAGAGUCACAGUGGACUGACUGACUGAGCUCUUACUAUAGCAGAGUCACAGUGGACUGACAGCUCUUACUAUAGCAGAGUCACAGCGGACUGACUGAGCUCUUACUAUAGCAGAGUCACAGUGGACUGACUGACUGACUGAGCUCUUACUAUAGCAGAGUCACAGUGGACUGACUGACUGACUGAGCUCUUACUAUAGCAGAGUCACAGUGGACUGACUGAGCUCUUACUAUAGCAGAGUCACAGCGGACUGACUGAGCUCUUACUAUAGCAGAGUCACAGUGGACUGACUGACUGACUGAGCUCUUACUAUAGCAGAGUCACAGUGGACUGACUGACUGACUGAGCUCUUACUAUAGCAGAGUCACAGUGGACUGACUGACUGACUGAGCUCUUACUAUAGCAGAGU